GUGCGUACGUAUGUAUGUACUUGAGUUUGAAUUUUUCAUAGAUGGAACUACACCAUGGGAAUGAACUACGGAUGAACUACAGUCGUCUGCGACGACGAAUUCAGUUUCGAAUCAGUAUAGCUUGCAUAACUUGCGACAAAAAUGAACGUUAUCAAAGAGGUGUGAAUAACCUCCUUGAUCGCUAUGUAGACACUUCAGUAGUUUAGAUUACUAGGUUUUUGGUUUUGUAAAUAAUAUUUUAGCGAGAUGAUCAAGCUCAUGCGGACUUUAACAAUCGGAAAAAACUUGAUCAUCGUAUUAAAUUCUGGUAAAAGAUAUGCAGGUCAUAGUAAGUGGGCAAAUAUUAAACACGACAAAGCAAUCAAAGAUGCAAAACGCGCCCUCAACUUUAAUAAGUUACGUCGCAUGAUGUCUGUUGCUAUUGCAGAGGGAAGGAACGCUAACCCAGCAAACAAUUUAAAGUUAGCCCAAAUUAUAGAACAUGCAAAAAAGUCCAAUAUGCCUAUGUCGUCGAUAAAGGAUGUACUUGCAAAAGCUCAAGCUGUUAAGGAGGCCACCAAAACGGGAAUUCAGGAGAUACGAGGACCAGGAGGGUGUAUAGUCUUAGUGGAAUAUGCUACUGACAAUUUGGUGGCAUUCAAACAAAACCUAAACACUUUGCUACGAAAGACCAGUUGUUCAUCGGCUGAUUCUGGUGCUCAGCAUUUGUUUGAACGCAAGGGAAUUGUGACAACAGAAAUUAAAGGAAAUUUAGGAACAGCUGUGGAAGAUGCAAUCCAAGUAGAUGCUGAGGACGUUGUGGAAGGAACGGACGGUGAUGAUAAAGAAUUCCAGAUUUCAUGUUGUUCAUAUAGUUUCUUUGCGAGCCAGGACUGGUGUUCAAAGUUAAACAAAAAUUGUUGGACCUCAAUUAUACCGUAAAAUCAUCAAGUGUGCAAUAUAUUCCGUAUAAGAUGAUUGACUUGAGCGACAGUGAUUUAGAAUUAGCAGCUGCAUUGUGUGAUAAACUUACAGCUAUUGAAGAUGUCAUUGUACUACACGAUAAUAUAGCUUAAUAAAUCCAUGUUUACCAUA